UUACGUCACUGUUGAAGACUCCGCUUGCGGGUUUGUUGAAGGCGGAAUAGUAGAUCCGUCGGUCCGAUGACUGGAGUCGCUGACUUCACGAACUGAAGACUCGUAAAAAUCCAACAGUGAGGGGAAAACGGCGAGCGAUUCCCGAGUCCGAUGAGCAGCUCGAAGACCUGCAAGCGAAAAACGCUACAUGUUGAGUAAAGGCCUGAAGCGGAAACUGGAGGACGAGGAGGAGCCAGAAGUGAGUAAUAAUGGCUCCGGUCGGGAUGAAUCCGAGUCUGAGUCCUCUAGCGGCUACAGACUCCAGCGGCAGACGGUGCUCAAUCUUUCCCUGCUGAAGCUCCAUAGCGUCCCGGGACAUUCAGAGCCACGUCUGUCCCGCCGGGUGCUCAUCUCCAACACCCUCCGACACAUCCGGGACGAGCUGCGGGUGGAGGGCGGCGCUGGGCUCCGUCUGCAACCCUCCAUCACUAAAGACACUUUCAGCUCAGCGCUGGCUGACAUUGAAGAUCUGUGUCCGACUGUGGGAAUCACGGCUCUAUUUUCCACAGCGGAUAUUUCUAGUAGCAGUGAAUCGAUUCGUUCUGAUGAGUCGAGGAGUGUUGAUUUGGAUCUUUCUGAAAUGAGAAGCAAGUCGCUUUCUGACUCCGCCCACUCGGCGUUAGGACACACCUCCUCAAUCAUCGCCGAUUUCUCAUUGGACAAUUUCCUGUUUACAGAAAUAGACAAUUUUUUAUUGGACAGCAAGACUGGUUUUGGUGGCGCAGGGAUUGGCCAAUCAGCGCUUCCGUCCAAUCAGACGUUCAAAUUAGAUUUGAGCGAACUGGACCACAUCAUGGAGGUUUUGGUCGGGUCGUAAUUAUUUUGACAUUUACAUUGUCGAUUUCAUUUUAAUGUGAAUUUAGUUUUUAAAGGUUUUUUUUUGUACUUUAUCAGGAAUUCUGCUCAAUUUUCUUCGUAAAGGGUUACUAUGGCAAUGCAAAUAUACACUUAGUUUGGUUUAUUUAUUUUGAUAACAUUAUCAGAGGGUGCGCAAUGUAAUAUAUUGCGGCUAUUUUAUAAUAUUAAUAUAAUGUUAUAAAGUGGUAUUUUAAUGUUUGUUUUUUCUUUAUGGAUUUUCUUUUAUGUAUGAUUUACAGUAUUUUAGCCUUUAAAUAUUUUAAUAUAUACAUUUAAAAUACCAAACUGAAGUGACUAUUUUCUACAGCGAAUGUUUCUAGUAGCAGUGAAUCAGUUCGUUCUGAUGAGUCGACAAGUGUUGAUUCGGAUCUUUCUGAAAUGAGAAGCAAACUGCUCUCUGACUGCACCCACUCUGCUUAUGGCCACGCCUCCUUACUCAUAGCUAAUUUCUCAUUGGACGAUUUCCGGUUUACAGAAAUAGACAACUUUUUGUUGGACAGCAAGACUGGGAUUGGGCAAUCAGCGCUUUUGUCCAAUCAGACGUUCAAAUUAGAUCUGAACAAACUGGACCACAUCAUAGAGGUUUUGGUCGAGUCGGAAUUAUUCCUUUUUUUUUGGUCAUUUAAAUUGUCUAUUUAAAUUUUAUGUUUUUAAAAUAGGUUUUUUAUUUUUAAUUAGUAGUUAAUCAUGAAAUGUGCUCAAUUUUCUUCGGAAAAGGGCUACUAUGUCAAUAAAAAUACACGCUUUUAUUCGUUUAUUUUAAUAACAUUAUCAGAGGGUGCGCAAUGUAAUAUAAUGCGGCUAUGUUAUAACUUAUAAUAUUAAUAUAAUGUUAUAAAGUGGUAUUUUAAUGUUUGUUUUUUCUUUGUGGAAAUUUUUUAUGAUUUACAGUAUUUUAGCCUUUAAAUAUUUUAAUAAAUUAAAUAAAAAAUACCAAACUGAAGUUCAUAUUUUCUACAGCGAAUGUUUCUAGUAGCAGUGAAUCGAUUCGUUCUGAUGAGUCAAAGAGUGUUGAUUUGGAUCUUUCUGAAAUGAGAAGCAAACUGCUCUCUGACUCCGCCCACCAUUUAGCCAUGCCUCCUCACUGAUUUCUCAUUGGAUGAUUUCCGGUUUACAGAAAUAGACAACUUUUUGUUGCACAGCAAGACAGGGAUUGGCCAAUCUGUGCUUCCGUCCAAUCGGAUGUUCAAAUUAAAUCUAAACAAACUGGACCACAUCAUGGAGGUUUUGGUCGAGUCGUAAUUAUUUUUAGUUUUUUUAUUUGGUCAUUUAAAUUGUCGAGUUAAAUUUGGUGGGUUUUUUUUACUAUAAAUUUUUUUCAUUUGUACUUUUUCAGGAAAUGUGCUCAAUUUUCUUAGUAAAGAGUUACUAUGGCAAUGAAAAUAUACGCUUUUAUUGGUUUAUUUAUUUUAAUAACAUCAGACGCUGUGCCAUGUAAUGCCAUGUAAUAUAUUGCGGCUAUUUUAUAAAAUUAACACAAUGUUAGAGAGUGGUAUUUUAAUUAUUAUUUUAUUUUUGUAGUUUGUAGUUUAUUAUUUUAUUUUAAGUUUGUUUGUGGAGUUUUUUUUAUUUUUGCAUUGAAAUAUUUUAAUAAACAGAAUUAAAAAUACCAAACCGUGGUAUGUGGUAAAGCGACUAUUUUCCACAGCGGAUGUUUAUAGUAGCAGUGAAUCGGUUCGUUCUGAUGAAUCAAUUAAUAUUGAUUUGGAUCUAUCUGACAUAAGAAACAAACCAGACUCCACCCACUCUGUGUUUGGCCACACCUCCUCACCGUUUUCUCAUUGGACGAUUGGCCAGUCAGACAUACAAAUUACUGGAAAUUACACAUCAUGGAGGUUUUGGUCGGCUCCUAAUUAUUAUCAUUUUUUUUUUUUUAUUUAAAUUGUAAAUUUUUCACAUGAAUUUCUUUUUAAAAUAGUAUUUUUUUAUUUGUACUUCUGGUUUGUCCUGAUGAGUCAGAGUGUUGAUUCGGAUCUUUCAAAAAUAAGAAGCAAAUUGCUCUCUGACUCCGCCCACUCUGGAGGUUUUGCAUCAUGGAGGUUUUGGUCGGGUCUUAAGUAUUCAGUUUUUUGAUCAUUUAAAUUUGAUGCGAAUUUGUUUUUAAAGUACUAUUAUUUGUAGUUUAUCAUAAAAUGUGCUCAAUUUUUUCGGAAAGGGUUACUAUGGCAAUGCAAAUAUACACGUGUUGGUUUAUUUACGUUGAUAACAUUAUCAGAGGGUGUAAAGAUAUAUUGCGGCUAUUUUAUAAUAUGAAUAUAAUGUUAUA